UAAAUUCUGUCAUGUCAUUGUACUUUUUGUGUACCUAUUUGCUGCUGUGCUGUUUUUAACAAAUUCCUAUAGGACACGUGUACUCUGGAAGAUUUGUUUGAUAUUUCGCCAUUUAAUGUUUUUGUUGCAAGUUCUAUAUUACUCCUUGAACCGGUGACUCAAUAAAAGUUUUUAACUGGCUUAGUCUUGGUCAAGUUGUACAGUGGUAUACGGCUAAAAAAUGUCUGAAUUUAAAGACUGGUACAAUAGUGUUCCUCUUUUUACCCGCUAUUGGUUAACAUGUACCAUAGCACUGAGUUUAAUUGGGAGAUUUGGUUUAUUUAAUUAUUAUUAUUUCGUAUUGGACUACUAUCCCUUCAUUCACCAGUUACAGAUAUGGCGACCGAUCACAGCUCUCUUCUAUUAUCCAAUCAGUCCAGCCACAGGCUUCCACUUUCUGAUCAACUGUUACUUCCUGUACAAUUAUUCACAACGUCUGGAGAUGGGCAUGUUUGCUGGAAAGCCAGCGGAUUACUUCUACAUGCUAUUGUUUAACUGGCUAUGCUGUGUGCUCAUUGGUCUACUUGUUGGACUUCCUAUAUUAAUGGACCCCAUGGUGUUAUCAGUGCUGUAUGUGUGGUGCCAAUUGAACAAGGACGUCAUAGUUUCGUUCUGGUUCGGCACCAGGUUCAAGGCUAUGUACUUACCCUGGGUCCUGUUGGUGUUCAAUCUAGUUAUUAGCGGAGGUGGAGCAAUGGAGUUGAUUGGUAUCCUUAUCGGUCAUUUAUCUUUCUUCCUGCUGUUCAAAUACCCACAAGAGUUUGGCGGCCCAUCACUUCUGUCACCACCUGCUUUCCUAAAACAAAUAUUCCCCGACACAAGGUAUGUAGGUGGUUUUGGUACGGCGCCACAAAGCAGAGCGCCCACACGGCCAGCUACCGCUACAUUUGGAGGUCAUAGCUGGGGCCGAGGACAGACCCUUGGGGGAAACUGAAGAUAUUAUACCCCUAAAAACAUUGUUUGAUGACUUGAAAAUAUUUGAAUGCGAAUAGACUAUGACUUUUGGAGUGUAUUGAGAGUGUUGGCGGGUUUUUGUUCAAAUAAAACGAAUUUUGGUUGAUUAA